GUUUCACCACGGCGCAUGCGCGCUACCGGACCUGUCUGUUCGUUUGUCGGCGCUACCAAUAAAGUUUUAGUGAGCGGAGGCUCUCCUUUUCCUUGGCAAGAUGGCGGAGUACGACUUGACUACUCGCAUCGCGCACUUUCUGGAUCGGCAUCUGGUCUUUCCGCUGCUGGAGUUUCUCUCGGUGAAGGAGAUUUAUAAUGAAAAAGAAUUAUUACAAGGAAAAUUGGAUCUUCUUAGUGAUACCAACAUGGUAGACUUUGCUAUGGAUGUAUACAAAAACCUUUAUUCUGAUGAUAUUCCUCACGCUUUGAGAGAAAAAAGAACCACAGUUGUUGCACAACUGAAACAGCUUCAGGCGGAAACAGAACCAAUUGUGAAGAUGUUUGAAGAUCCAGAAACUACAAGGCAAAUGCAGUCGACCAGGGAUGGUCGGAUGCUGUUUGACUACCUGGCGGACAAGCAUGGUUUUAGGCAAGAAUAUUUAGAUACACUCUACAGGUAUGCAAAAUUCCAGUAUGAAUGUGGGAAUUACUCGGGAGCAGCAGAAUAUCUUUACUUCUUUAGAGUGCUGGUUCCAGCAACGGAUAGAAAUGCUUUGAGUUCACUCUGGGGAAAACUGGCUUCUGAAAUCUUAAUGCAGAAUUGGGAUGCAGCCAUGGAAGACCUUACACGGUUAAAAGAGACCAUAGAUAAUAACUCUGUGAGUUCUCCUCUCCAGUCUCUUCAGCAGCGAACAUGGCUCAUUCACUGGUCUCUGUUUGUUUUCUUCAACCACCCCAAAGGGCGAGAUAAUAUUAUUGAUCUCUUCCUUUACCAGCCACAGUAUCUUAAUGCAAUUCAGACGAUGUGUCCACAUAUUCUUCGCUAUUUGACUACAGCAGUUAUAACAAACAAAGAUGUUCGAAAACGCCGGCAGGUGCUAAAAGAUCUAGUCAAAGUUAUUCAACAGGAGUCUUACACAUACAAAGACCCAAUUACAGAGUUUGUUGAAUGUUUAUAUGUUAACUUUGACUUUGAUGGGGCUCAGAAAAAGCUGAGGGAAUGUGAAUCUGUGCUUGUAAAUGACUUCUUCUUGGUGGCUUGUCUUGAGGAUUUUAUUGAAAAUGCACGUCUCUUCAUAUUUGAGACUUUUUGUCGCAUCCACCAGUGUAUCAGCAUUAACAUGUUGGCAGAUAAACUGAACAUGACUCCAGAAGAGGCUGAAAGGUGGAUUGUAAAUUUGAUUAGAAAUGCAAGACUGGAUGCCAAGAUUGAUUCUAAAUUAGGUCAUGUGGUUAUGGGUAACAAUGCAGUCUCACCCUAUCAGCAAGUGAUUGAAAAGACGAAAAGCCUUUCAUUUAGAAGCCAGAUGUUGGCCAUGAAUAUUGAGAAGAAACUUAAUCAGAAUAGUAGGUCAGAGGCUCCUAACUGGGCAACUCAAGACUCUGGCUUCUACUAAAGAACUGUAAAGAAAAGGAAAAAACUAUAAAGGAAAGAUAAAGUAAUAAAACCAUUAUAUAAAGGGUGAUAUGCAUUUUAGAAACAACGUAUUGAGUAUAAGUUUUGGAGAAUUUGAAUAAAAUUGGCUGUGUUUCAUUAUCUUGUGAACUUCCUUGUAUAUAUAAGUGUGUUUUUUAACAUUUUAUUUUGAAAUAAUUGUAGAUUCAUAGGAAGCUGCGGAAAUAUUACACAGAGGGCCCCUAUAACCUAAACCUAGUUUCCUCCAAUACUUUCAUCUUAUGUUACGAUAGUACAAUAUCAACCAGGGUAUUGACAUUGGUACAAUGUAUGUGCAUAGCUCAAACUAUCAUUGUGAAGGUCUCCUUCAUACUACCUCUUUGUAGUCACACAUACCCCACCGUUCCCACACAGGUCAAUCCCUGGCAACCACUAAUCUGUUCUCCAUCUCUAUGAUUUUUGUCAUAAGAGUGUUAUAAAAAUGGAAUUAUACAAUGUCGCCUUUGAGAUUAGCUUUCUCUGGUCAUCAUAAUGCCCUUGAGAUCUUCCCAAGUUAUCAGAUAUAUCAGUAGUUCAUUCCUUUGUAUUGCUAAGUUGUAGUCUAUGGUCUUGAUGUACCACAUUGUUUAACCAUGUACCUAUUGAAGGAUAUUUUGUUUUUUUGCAUUUGAGGGCUGUGAUAAAUAAAGCUGCUGUUUUUUAA